CAAUCAUCUGAGCAAAAACAACUAUGCAUGUCGACGUCAGCAACGACGGUACAUUUUUCGAGACUGUCUGCUAUCUCUUGUUGUGGUACACGCUCAGUUUCGGCACUCUCUUUCUUAACAAAUACAUUCUCUCAUGGUUGUCAGGGGAACCAUCACAACUCGGUUCCAUACAGAUGUUCGUGACGACGACGUGCGGAGGAUUACAACUUUGCACAAGAAAUUUUGCACACAAGGCGUUUUCGAGGGGAAAGGGAAGUGUGACGUCAUCACUUCCGGUUAAAUUGACCGACCGAAAGUCAUCGGGUUCCGGUUGGGUUGUCUUCUGUAGGAAUAUGGUGAUUGUGGGAAUGAUGAGAUUUGUGACUGUCGUGUUGGGAUUGGUCAGUUUGAAGUACGUGGCUGUGUCGUUUACCGAGACAGUCAAGGCAUCGGCUCCUCUGUUUACUGUGUUGAUUGCGUGGAUGUUGAUUGGGGAGAGGACAGAGUUGUAUGUUGUGUUGUCGUUGGUUCCUAUUAUGGGAGGUCUGGCGUUGUGUUCGGCGAACGAGAUCAGUUUUACUAUGAUUGGAUUUAUGGCGGCUCUGAUAAAUAAUAUAGUCGAUUGCAUUCAGAACGUGUACUCGAAGAAGCUUUUGAGCAAGGAUGAGAACCCUUACAGCCCGGUUGAGUUACAGUUCUAUGCAAGUGUGGCAGCCAUGAUCAUGCAGCUCCCUUUUUGGAUACUGUACAUGGAUUCCCCGCUGUCCAUAUUUAAGAAAUCCUCAUACGUUCUAACUGUAUUCCUCACGAACGGAUUGAUGUUCCAUUUCCAAAGCAUAACCGCCUACAGCCUCAUGUCACUGAUCUCACCGGUCACACACAGCGUUGCUAACACAGUCAAACGCGCCCUCCUCAUCUGGCUCUCAGUCCUCAUCUUCAGCAACAAAGUAACAGCACUGAGCGCUCUGGGAACGAUCCUGGUCAUUGCAGGCGUGUUGUUGUACAACCAAGCGAAGCAUGUCGGUCAUAAAACAGCCCAGGAAGACACACACAGCAAGUAUGUGUCUCUCACAGAGUACAAGAUAUGAGGGAUGGUGAUCGUCUUGUGUGUGAGAUUUGUCGACGAAGGAGCUGAUUGGGAUCGACCAUUUUGGAUGAGAUGUGGUUUUGAUUAGUGACAGACAUUUGGGUUAUUAGAUUUGAUUAACAGAUUGCUACAUUGUUUUUGAUAACAUCAAG